AUGCCACUUUUACAGUUCAUUUUCUGCUUCGUUCCUCCUCCGACGAUUCUGGGUGGUUGGUUGUGCUUCCUCGUCGGACUGAAAUUCUACAAACCCUUCUUCAGACGUCUCCACAAUUCCUUUGACUGCAAAAUUCUAGGAGAUUUCGCUUCAAUCUUCGGUUGUAUGGUGGGAAUUAAAGACGCCAUAACAGCCAUCACACUUGUCGCUUUGGGUACAAGUCUGCCCGAUACGUUCGCCUCGAAGAUCGCCGCUGAGAACGAUGACACAGCCGAUAACGCAGUCGGAAAUGUGACUGGAUCAAACUCUGUGAAUGUGUUCCUUGGUCUUGGCCUUCCAUGGUUGGUAGCUUCUAUCUAUUGGGCUUCAAAGGGUGAAAGCUUCGCUGUUCCUGCUGCUGACCUCGGUUUCAGGUACGUCCUAGAGCAUAUCUGA